UCCAAGGUAGCGGGUCGUGUUUCCAGAGAGUGAAAGGCAACACCCCGCACUCUUUAUUUGGAAGGUCCUGGCUCCAUAACCUGAAACUCUGGGCUUAAAACUGGCGUCAUAUAUAUAUAGUCUUUUGGUACACACUAAACAAAGGAGAUACAUGUUAAUCAGUGAACUCUAGAGUUGCUGGUAGGUGUAUUUUUGUUAUUUAUCUGGUAAAUCCACAUGAACCAGCACCAAACAGCGGAGAGACAUCUAGCCAGUGAACAUAGUGGAGCAAAAAAAUAAAUAAAACAACAUAUUUUGUUAUAUUGGAAAUUCAGGUGGACCCAAACAUGAUUCUAAAUGAAUGCUAAUGUUGCUCUGUGUCUGCUGGAUGUGUUAAGCUAGUUUGCUAACAUAUUCACUGUAACAACUUUAUAUAGUGACAAUAUGCUAAUGUUGCUGCCCAUAAGUUUCCACUAAAAAAUGUAUUGUUUUGAUGACAAAAACAUAUUAAUUAGUUUAUUAUGAAUAUAAUGAGGCAAUAUAAUUACUUUUCUUUGGUCUAUUUUCUUCUGUCACCAAAAAAAGAGUGGGUGUGCACGUGCAUUUGUGCUGAAAAGCUUGAUUCAUUCGUGUGUAUUUGAGGGUGCUGGUGUGUGUUCUUUGGCAACAUGUGGACACACCCACUCAGUGUGUGUAAGGGCUAUUGAAAGCACACUUUACUGCUGCUGUACAGUCAGUCAGUCCUCAGGAACAGAGCAGCAGUGUGUGCCUGCUCUCAGCCAUCCCACCUUCCUCUCACCUCGCCUGGGAUCCUCACUCAACAUCACACUAUCAAAACAGCAGCAGACAUGGUGCUCUACCAUCAAGAGUUCACCAAGGCAGGCAAGACAGCUGGCCUGCAGAUAUGGAGGAUUGAGAAUCUGGAGUUGGUCCCUGUGCCCGAGAGCUUACAUGGGAACUUUUACACUGGAGAUGCUUAUGUGAUUCUCUACACUGUCAAACAGAGGGACAGCUUCUUCUACCACCUGCACUACUGGCUGGGGAAGGAGUGCAGCCAGGACGAGAGUACUGCGGCAGCCAUCUUUACUGUGCAGCUGGACGACUACCUUGGGGGAAAGCCAGUACAGUAUCGAGAACUGCAGGGCGUGGAGUCAACAGCCUUCACCAGCUACUUCAAGGGAGGGAUCACCUACAAGACUGGAGGCGUGGCCUCAGGUUUCCACCAUGUGGUCACCAACGACCUUUCAGUGCAGAGACUCCUCCACAUCAAGGGCCGACGGGUCGUCCGGGCCACCCAGGUCCCCCUCAGCUGGUCCAGCUUCAACAGUGGAGACUGCUUCAUUGUGGAUCUCGGAAAUAAGAUCUACCAGUGGUGUGGAUCCAAGUGUAACAAGUUUGAGCGACUGAAGGCAGCGCAAGUGGCCAGAGGUAUCCGUGACAACGAGAGAAACGCCCGCGCUGAGCUUGUGGUUGUUGAAGAAGGAAGUGAACCGUCUAAGUUAACUGAUGUCCUCGGAGUCAAGCCUGAGCUAUCAGAGGGAGAUGAUGAUGACGACAGAGAGGCAGACAUAUCCAAUAGGAAAAUGGCCAAACUGUAUAUGGUAUCUGACGCAUCCGGAUCCAUGAAAGUGACCAUUGUGAAGGAGGAAAACCCUUUCCUCCAGAGUGACCUGCUGUCAGAUGAAUGCUUCAUCCUGGAUCAUGGCCAAAACAAUAUGAUAUUUGUAUGGAAAGGGCAUAACGCCAACCCCAGUGAGAGAAAGGAGGCCAUGAAAACAGCCGAGGGCUUCAUCAAACAGAUGGGCUACCCAGCCAACACACAGAUCCAGGUGCUGCCGGACGGAGGAGAGACUCCCAUGUUCAAGCAGUUCUUCCUUGGAUGGAAGGAUAGAGACCAGAGCGAAGGCUUUGGGAGAGUGUUCGUCACUGAGAGGAUUGCCAGGAUCCAGCAGGUGGAGUUUGAUGCCUCCAAGCUCCACAAGUCCCACCACAUGGCAGCCCAGUAUAACAUGGUGGAUGAUGGGAGUGGAGACACACAGAUCUGGAGGGUGGAGAGCAGCGGUAGAGUCCCUGUCGAGCCAAAGAGCUACGGUCAGUUCUACGGUGGAGACUGUUACAUCAUUCUGUACACUUAUGGGAAGAGACAGAUCAUCUACACCUGGCAAGGAGCCAGCUGCUCUUUGGAUGAGCUGACAGCCUCAGCCUUCCUGACUGUAGAACUGGAUCGCUCACUGGGAGGGAAUGCAGUUCAGGUCAGAGUGUGCCAAGGCAAAGAACCCCCACAUCUGCUGACUCUCUUCAAAAGUAAACCCCUCAUUGUAUACAAGAGUGGUACGUCCCGACUCGGAGGCCAGGCCCCACCACCUCCAACCCGACUCUUCCAGGUACGAAGGAAUCUGGACACCAUCACAAGAAUCGCGGAGGUUGACGCUGGUGCUGCCAGUCUGAACUCCAACGACGCCUUCCUGCUGAAGAUGGCUAAUGGGAAAGGCUAUCUGUGGAUGGGUAAGGGGGCCAGUGAGGAAGAGGAAAGAGGAGCUGAGUACAUGAGUGAAGUGCUGAACUGCAGCACCAAACGCAUCGUGGAAGGAAAUGAACCAGAUGACUUCUGGGCAGCUUUAGGGGGGAAGACAGAGUACCAGACCUCAGAGAGACUGGAGAGUCAGACCAUGACUCACCCACCUCGUCUAUUUGGAUGUUCCAACAAGACUGGCAGGUUCAUAAUUGAGGAGGUUCCAGGAGAGUUCACACAGGAUGACCUGGCUGAGGAUGAUGUGAUGCUGCUGGAUGUGUGGGACCAGGUAUUCGUCUGGAUCGGAAAGGAAGCCAACGAGGUGGAGAGGACUGAAUCUGUCAAAUCUGCCAAACAGUACAUCGAGAGUGACCCGAGCAGCCGGGACAAGCAGACUCCUCUGGUGGUGGUGAAACAAGGCCAUGAACCCCCCACCUUCACAGGCUGGUUCCUGGCCUGGGACCCCGCUCACUGGGACACUGUCAGCAGGAGCAUGAAGUCAAUGAGUCUAUAGAUAAAUACAUACUGUAUGUGCUGAUCCACAGAAACACUUACAUAUUCAUAAACAUGCUUCCUGUGGCAUUUUUAAUCAGAAAUCUGUU